AUGAUUGAUUCUGAGACUUUACUGAAGAAUUCGCCUUUUAAAAUAACCCACAGCGACUCUCAAAACUCGUAUAAUUUAUCCAAUACGACCCCAGACCUAUUGAAGUUCCAAUUACAAGAACAAUACCGUAAUCAAUUACAAGAUUUAAAGAAUUCUGAAUUACCAGAUUUAAAAUUAUUAAACACCAAUAUAUUUGAAAACUCAUUUAAUGACCAUUUACAAAAUCAGCUUGAGUUAGGCAAUGUUAAUAUAGUCACUAGAAGUGAUUCAUCUUCACCAGAGUCCACCUCUACUAGCUUGUUUUCCGAACCAGAGUCUACCGACGGUAGUACUGAUAUUGAAACCGUGAUUGCUUCAACGAAGCCAAAUUAUUUGAAUUUGAAAGUUUUGAUUGAAAAUUCAAUUUUUGACACUAGGAAUAUUAAUAAGGAUUCUAUAUUGUCUUUAUCAGAACUCCAAGAUUUAAAAACUAGAAUCCAAAUAAAGAAUGAAUCAAAGCUGUACUUGUUAUCUAAAAUUACCGUCACGCAACAAUUCAUCAACGAUAUAAUAUUUAAGCAAACAGAGACUAUAGAAAAUAACGACAACAUAAACACUGAACUAGGUACAAAGUCCCUUAUUAAGCUCUUGAAAUCCAGUUCGUCCUUGCAAUCACAAUUAAUCUCAAUAAACACUGAAUUAGAGGAAUUAAACACUAAAUUGAAUAACCACAACUUAUCAUGCUUAGUGUUGGGAUAUGUCGAAGAUAUUAGACUUUCUUCCGCCGCGCCUCUGCAGACUCACAGUGUUUCCGAUCCACAACUGUCAGCACCACUCACGCCAUUAGAUAGUCCUGAAAGUCGAAUACUAUCUACUCCCAGAGGAGGGGAUAUAUAUUCGAAGAUUUAUGACACUCUUUUCGCCCAUGUUGCUAGUAUUGCUGCCAGUCGCAACAUUACUUUACCGCCACCACCUUCUGCCAAUUCAGAAUCGUUUGAGUCUCGGACUCGCUGGGUACAGCAAUGUAUUGACACUGUUCUUUCCAAUUCGAAAGUUGAUAUCGCUGAAAUUCCACCAAGAGAUGCAUCAAUGUUCAGUAAUGCCUCUUCUAUUCUUAGUCCAACUUCCCCAAUAAGAAAUAUUUCCCAGGAAAAGAUGUUGAUUGAGUACAAGACUGCAUUGAAUGACUUACGAUUCUCGUACCAAUAUCUUGCCAAGGAAUAUGAGCACUCUCGCGAGUCGUUUAAUAAAAUAAUUUUAGACUAUAAAAAGAAAAUUACCCAUUUAGAAAAUGAAUCACUGAAAAACAAAGACGAUGGAUUGAUUUCACCACCCAGUACUCGAAUGUCAACCUGCGACUCCCUUGAUGCUAAAGAUAAAGAAAUUUCACGUCUUCGAAAAGAAUUGAACUUAUUACGAGUUGACAAUAUACGUAAAGAUCAUUCACAUCUACAAGGACUGACCAGUAGUGCAGAUUUACCUGAUGGUGCAAGUCCAGAAUUGUUCCUGAUGAUGCAUCUUACUGUGUCCAAUGUAUCCAACGAUGAUGGAGAUGAGACCAAUUCCAUACAUUCCAAUAGACCAAGUUCCCAAGGAUUAAGUACUGGUAUAUUACGUAAAGAAUUUAAGAAGAUUGUUUCUGAUAUUCAGGAUCAAUAUGAGUUAGAAUUGACUCAAGAGAGGUUAAAGAGUCGACAGAUGGCAGAAGAAUUGGAACAACUCAAGCAAGGUUGA